UUUUUUUACCCAAAGCUGAUUUUUUUUUACCCCGUCUUGGUUUUAUAUUACCCCAUGUUUAAACAUGUUCGUGAUGUGUAGUGUGUGAUUGACAGUCGGUCUGUCUUGUUGAAACCUGUUACUCAUAUGACUCGGUCCACUGUUCACAGGAGUGUGCAUGAUCAUUAGCCAGUAAGAAGCAGCAGGGUUAAGUGCCACAAUGCCGAGGACAUAUAAAAAGUUUGAAAGGCCAUAUACGAAAGCCACAAUUCAACUUGCUGUGCAGGAAGUUAAAGAUGGUUCCUCCAUUAGAGCAGCCAGCGCCAAGCAUCACAUGUCAUAUUCUCUUUUGAGAAAGCAUGUCAAGAGAAGUGAAAGUGAAGAAUCUUUCAAGGAUGAUAUGAGGGGAAAGAAGACGGUACUUGCAACUGAAGUGGAAGAGAAGAUUGCAGAUACAAUCAAGAGAAUGGAGAAAAUGGGACUAGGGCCAACACUGUUAGAGUUUCGUGAGAUUGUCAAAGAUUUCUUGCUUGCCAAUGGACUAGAGACAGUGUUUAAAGAUGGCAUGCCUGGUUAUGAAUGGGCAACUGCCUUCAUGCACAGGCACAACAUGACUCUGAAGACCGGUGGUAUGAUGCAACUGGCAAGGAAGAGUGUAACUAGUGAUCCAUUCGUCAUUUAUGGCUUCUAUGAGCUUCUGAGACAAGAAAUGGCACGACUUGAGAUCAUGGAACGCCCAGAGUGUAUCUGGAAUCUCGACGAAACUGGUUUCCCACUAGACCCAUCAAAAGCAAAACUAUAG